AUGAAAAUUGCAGUAGAAGGAUGUGCUCACGGAGAGUUAGACAAAAUAUACGAAUGCGUAGAAAGUUUACAGGAAAGAGAAGGAAUAAAAAUAGAUUUGCUAAUUUGCUGUGGUGAUUUUCAAGCCGUAAGAAACAAUGACGACUUAAGAGCGAUGGCUGUCCCUGAAAAAUAUCAUAAUAUUUGUACUUUUUACAAGUACUAUAGUGGGGAAAAAAUUGCACCAAUCCUCACACUCUUUAUUGGAGGAAAUCAUGAGGCAUCUAAUUAUCUACAAGAAUUACCUUUUGGAGGUUGGGUUGCUCCCAACAUCUUUUAUAUUGGGCGAGCUGGUGUUAUUCAAUUUGGAAACUUACGGUUAGGAGGUUUAUCUGGCAUAUUUAAAAACCAUGAUUACCUGCAAGGACUCUGGGAGAGUCCUCCAUAUUCUUCAAAUUCAUUGCGCUCAGUUUAUCACAUAAGGUCUUUGGAUGUGUUUAGACUGAGUCAGUUGAAAGAAAAAAUUCAUGUUAUGAUGUCACAUGACUGGCCAAGAGGUAUAGCUAAUUAUGGUGAUAAAGAUAAUUUAUUAAGAAGAAAGCCAUUUUUAAGGGAGGACAUUGAAUCUAAUCAAUUAGGGAGUCCUCCAGCUGAAAAACUUUUAAAUGAGUUAAAACCAGAGUACUGGUUUGCAGCUCACUUGCAUUGUCAAUUUGCUGCAUUAGUAAAACAUGGUGAUGGUACUGAAACCAAAUUCUUGGCAUUGGAUAAAUGUCUUCCCAAGAGAAGGCAUUUACAAAUUCUAGAUUUGCCAGCUGAGUAUGAUGGUGAUAAACAAUUAAAAUAUGAUAUUGAAUGGUUGGCUGUUUUGAAAAAUACAAACCAUUUACUGUCCGUUAAAAAUGUUGACUGUCAUCUACCUGGUCCUGGUAGCAAUGAGAGAUAUAAUUUUACACCAACUAAUGAAGAAAAAGAUCAUGUUGCAUCACUUCUGCAAAACUUAGUCAUUUCAAAUGAUUCAUUUGUCAGAACUGCACCAAUCUAUAAGCCCAAUACACCAAAACGAGCUCCUUGUGAAGCAAUUAUGAAUCCACAAACAGUUGUGCUGUGUGAGAAACUUAGUAUAGAUGAUCCUUUGCAAGUUGCUUUGGCCAGGAUGGGUCGAAGUAUGAAGCAACCUGAAGUCUUUGAAACUAUGGAGAUUGUAGAAAAAACUCCCAUCAAAUGUUUACCAAUGACAUUACCUGCACCAGUUACACCGAGUGAUUGUGAAGAUUUGUCAGAAACAACGUCUGCCUUAUCACAAAGUAACAGUUUUUUAACUGAAACCGAAAACACAACUUCAGAGUGUGAUACUCCUCCACAAAGUAAUAAAAAGGUAUUUAAAAGACGCAACUUAGCCAUGUAUUCUCUUGAAGAAGCAGAAAAUGGGAACAAUACAUCUGACUCUCUUGUAGACUCUGACAGUCCUAGAUCUAGUAAGUUUGCUUGUAAAUCAAAUGCUUUAUAG